UUUUCUUUUCCUUAGAUCAAAAAGUAACCCAGAGCUGCCACGACCUACACCCAGUCUUUUCUCACGGUGUCGCGUUGCCUUUUCCUCUCUUCGGAGUUGGAUCGCUCUGCAGAUUAAAAUUCCCUGGAUUAUAGGAAGUCUCUCCCUAGGCCCAUUUCACGGGCGGUGGGUGAGGGAUGCUGUUGAUGGGGGACAUGCCAAAUGCUCGAAACAGGCAUGGGUAGUAAAUUCUUUCUCACGCUUCGUGUGUGUGCGUGUGUGUGUUUCGCUAUGCUCGUCGAGAGAACAACCGACGCUAUUAUUGAAAUGGUGAGACCUGUGGUGCCAGGAACCCGGAUAGCCGCUCAUUGCUCGCUACUGGAUUCCGUUUGCGAAUGGAAAAGAUAUGAGGGUUUGGAGGAGGAAGAACACUCUCCUGCAUCUAAAGUGCCGACCCUCUAACCUUGCUCCUACGUUGAGUAUCCAGGAACGGCGCCGGCAAGUGAUGAAAGAAUGCCCCGAGCCUCAUCCCCUGUCUACCUAAGUUGACGCCAUGUCGAUUGGCUAGACUGGAUUGAUGCCAUGAUUGCCAUUCCCUGCGUGCCUUAGCUGGAUUCAGACUUUGUAUGAAAGUGGUGGAAGGCAGAGAGCAUGCCAACGAUACCUCUCGUCAUUUUGGGGCUGAAGAGGGAAGGAAGGUGCAGUCAAAAGUGUCAGCACAGUCCAGU